AUGUUGCUCAAAUACUUUACACCUGUACCGAGAUUUCCAGAGCCAAAGAAACUUGCUCUUUCAAAUGGGCAUCCCAAAGAACCUUCUUUGGCCCCCUCUUCAAAUGACGUACAACCAAAACCUCAUUCUUCAUAUAGGGUGUUUAAAAAAGGGGCUUAUUUGGAGACGAAUCCUGGAAAAAGAAGUCAAAUUCUUGAGUAUCAUCCAAAUGAUCAAGAUGAGGUAAGAAGAGCUUACCUUGUGAGUGGGCCAUGUAAAAUUAAAUUAACUGAAUAUGAAUCCACAAAUAUUGGGGGAAAGGAACGUUCUUUUCAAUAUAGUUGGCAUGAAGAGUAUGACUGGUUAGAAUAUAGUGUAGAAAAAGAUGUUGUUUUUUGUUUGCCUUUUUAUGUGUGCUAUAAUGGUACUAGUAAUUAUGCAUUUGUGGUGACUGAUUUUAAAGGUUGGAAUCUAAAGCAUAAGUUUAAUAAACAUGUUGGUAAGAAACCGAAUAGUCAUCAUAAAAAGUGUGUGAAAGCAUGUGAGGAUCUUAUGAAGAAAAAGCAGAGUAUUGAGUUUUCGUAUGCAAAAUAUAGUUCAAAAGAAGAAGUAGAUUAUCUUGUUUGUUUAAAAGCAUCACUUGAGGCUAUCAAAUAUCUUGUUAGAGGCGGAUUGGCAUUUAGGGUACAUAAUGAGGAAUAUAGUUGGAGAAUUGGAGAUGGUUUCUUUUGUGUUCUUGUUGAUGAAUCUGGUGAUUACUCUGGUAAAGAACAAAUGGUUGUUGUAGUGCGGUUUGAUGAUGUUAGAGGGUUUGUUGUAGAAAGAUUUAUCGGCAUUGUUCAUGUUGAGGAUACAAGUGCAAUAUCGCUUAAAAGGGCUCUUGAAUGGUAUGAUGGAGCAAGUAAUAUGCAUGGUCAAUUUGGAGGUUUGAAGACUUUGAUUCAAAAGCAAAAUCCGCAAGCCUAUUAUGUCUAUUGUUUUGCUCAUCAACUUCAAUUGGCUCUUGUUCCAAUGGCUAGAAAGCAUGAAGAUUCAUCUAACAAAAGACAAGCUCUACUUCGGAAUAAACAAGUUGCUCAUUUUGCAAAUCUAAUUGAAAAACAAUUGGUGGAAAGUGGUACUGGUUUAAAUCAAGAGUUCUCCAUUGCAAGAGCGGGUGAUACACGUUGGGGAUCUCACUUUCGAACUCUUAAUAAGUUGGUUGAUUUGUUUACUCCUAUUAUUGAAGUGUUCGAAGAUUUGAAAACUGAUAGUCAUUCUAAGGGUGAACCAAAAAAGGGGGAUCAACAUAUUGUGCAUGUCAUGGAACUUGUCCAAAUAUGCAACAAAAAGUCGCAAGAAUUUAGAGAUGAUGGAUGGGAAACACUUUAUGAGCAAGUUGUGACUUCUUGUGGUAUUGUUGAAAUUGAUGUGCCUGACAUGGAGUCGUUGAUCAAUUGUGUUGCUUGCUUGAGUCCUUGUUAUUCAUUUGAAUCAUUUGACGUUAAAUCACUUGUGAGAUUGGCAAGAUUGUACCCAAAUAAAUUUGAGGAUCUUACUGAUAAGGAAUUGUCUAGUGAAUUGGAGACUUAUAUUGAGAGUGUCAAGAUGGAUGAUCACUUUUCCAAUUUUAAUGGCAUCUCAGAACUUUGUAGGACUCUUGUUCAAACAAAGAAGCAUAAGACAUUUAGGUUUGUGUACACACUUGUCAAACUAGCUUUGUCCUUAUCGGUGGCCAGUGCAAGUGUUGAGCGAGUAUUCUCGUGGAUGAAAUAUGUUAAGAUUGAGUUGAGAAGUAGAAUGGCUAAUCCAUGGCUAAAUGAUUUCUUAGUGGCAUUUGUGGAGAAAGAGGUGUUUAAUACAAUCAAUGAUAUGGAUAUCAUCAAACGUUUCCAAGGAAUGAACAAGAGAAAAAUGCAUUUACGAUUAGACUAG